AUGCAUUCAGGGGCCUUAGAGAGUCCUGACUUAGCAGCAAUUGGGUUUUCUCAAGCCAGGUGGAAGCUAAACCCCAAGGAGCUGAAAAAAGAAGAAGCUCGCUAUGGCUCCAGCCCCCUGGCUAUGCUAACGGCCACCUGCAAUAAAUUUGGAGGCUCCAGCCCAAUCCGGGAUUCGGCCACGCCUGGGAAAGCGGGGAACCCUUUGGGGAAGAAGCUGUACCAGCUGGGAGCCGAGCAGUCCAGCCCCAAGCUCCGCAGCUCCGAGGUCAUGGGAGAUUCCUACACGGCCGCCUUCCCCAGUGGGAACGGGCUGAUGUCCCCCUCGGCCAGCCCGCAAGCCUCCACCACCUACGGCAAAGACUACAGCCCCUUCUCUCACUCCUUUCCAGCUUCCUCCAGCUCUCAGGACCCCUCAUCCCUCCUAGUGUCCAAGGGCCACCCCUCGGCCGAGUGCCUUCCCAGCGUCUACACCUCCUUGGAUAUGGCGCACCCUUACGGCUCAUGGUACAAAGCCGGGAUCCAUCCUGGGAUCUCCAGCAGCUCCAGCAAUGCCUCAGCCUCCUGGUGGGACGUGCACUCCAAUACCAACUGGCUGAGUGCCCAGCCCCAGUCGGACGGCCUCCAGGGCUCCCUUCAGCCUGUGCCAGCCCAGACAUCCCUGAGCCCUCAGCUGCCAAGCUACAGCUCCGACUUCACCACCUUGAACCCUGCCCCAUACCCGGCUGUGGGCAUCACCUCCUCCUCUCACCUCCUCCCUUCCGGCCAACACAUGCUGUCCCAGGAGAUGUACAAGCCCAAGCCCGUGACCAACAACUCCCUGAUGGAAGGUGGGAUCGGACUGAAGGCCCCGCGUGGCAGCACCUUCAGCAGCACCACUGGCCGCUCAACGUGCGAUUGUCCCAACUGCCAGGAGCUGGAGCGGCUUGGGGCCUCAGCCGCCAGCCUGCGGAAGAAGCCCAUCCACAGCUGUCACAUCCCGGGCUGCGGGAAGGUCUAUGGCAAGGCCUCUCACCUCAAGGCCCACCUGCGGUGGCACACGGGAGAGCGUCCCUUCGUCUGCAACUGGCUCUUCUGUGGCAAGCGCUUCACCCGCUCAGACGAGCUGGAGCGUCACGUCCGCACCCACACCCGGGAGAAGAAGUUCACUUGCCUGCUCUGCAAUAAGAGGUUCACCCGCAGCGAUCACCUCAGCAAGCAUCAGAAGACCCACACCGAGAUGGGGGCGGCCAAGCCCGGCGAGGGCGAAGCGGAGAGGGAGGAGACGGCCACUGGUGGUGGCUCUCCAGGCGCGGCCUUGCAGGACGGGCUCGCCAACGACGACAAAGACACCACCAGCCCUGAGCAAAGCAGCUUGUUGGAGAUCUAAGCUGGGGUGGAGCUUCUCCUCCAGCCUCCUCUUCUUCCUCCAGUUUAGUUCCCCCUCUCGCUGAGAUAAUUUAUUUCCUGAGGGGAAGUGGCGGCUCAGAUGCAGACACCUACUGGGUUCUUGGACAGGAUUCUCUUGGAACCCUUGCUUUCUGCUCCACCCAGGCAUGGGAGAGUUAAAUGACCGUGAUGCAAAGUCACAUGGAGCAGGGGCUGGGAUUUGAACCUAGUCCCCAGGUCAUGUUGUGUUCUUUGCCGUGAAUAGGCCUACUGAGCCUUUUGUCCUACCUGGCCGGGAUCACUCACAAAGCCACUGGCACUGUCUUCCUGAGGAGUUACUCAAGGUUGACCAAGGUGUGUGUGGGAGGGAUCAUCUCCCAGUUGGGGCAACCCAGUGAGGGCUUGAUCCUGGGCUCUGGGAACCUGAUCCUGCCAAGCCGAUGGGACUACUCAUGAGUUUGGUGUUCAGCGGGUGCAUGGAUGGAUUGGGGCCCUGGAACUCAGCCCCUACCAGGAUCUGACCCUAAAUGGUGCAUCAGAACCUUUGCCCUCAGGUCAGAGGGGGCAGGGGAGGAUACAAAUAACCCAUGUCGUCCUC